UCUAUUUAUUUAUUAAUGUAUAUAUUUAUUGUCCGCCUGCUGUCGUCAUCACGACCAACUGAGUCUUCGGCGGGGGCAAAGGGCAGAAAGAACCCAGGAAACCUUUUACGCAACAGAGAGUGUGGUCACCAGUCUGUGAUGAUGGAGGCGGAGUUGUCCACACCUAACCGCAUCUUCAUCAAGAACCACGAGUUCAUCCGCACCUCUUUCCGAACGCCCACCUUCUGCUCCGCCUGCAGGGGCUUCAUCUGGGGACUCACCAAGCAAGGACACAAGUGCAGCCAGUGCAAUGCGGCUGUCCAUAAGAAAUGCAUCGAUAAGAUCAUCGGCAGAUGCACUGAUACUGAGGACAACAGCAAGGACACAGAGAUUGAGAAGCCUCAUAGUUUUAAGACUUACAGCUACAAGAUUCCCACCUUCUGUAACCACUGCGGAACCCUUUUGUGGGGUCUCUUUAAACAGGGACGCAAGUGUGAGGACUGUGUAUUGAACGUUCACCAUAGGUGUCAGAAGAAAGUGGCCAACCUCUGUGGCACCAAUCAGACACUCCCAUCAGAGCCCCUCCCCCAGGCUGACCAGAAUGACCCAGGGACUACAGAUGCAAAUUAGCCUCUGUGCUACAAUCUAGCUCAGUUAUGCUAAGAUGCUAAUUAGCCUCUGUGCUAUAAUCUAGCUCAGUUAUGCUAAGAUGCUAAUUAGCCUCUGUGCUACAAUCUAGCUCAAAAUUAGCCUCUGUGCUACAAUCUAGCUCAGUUAUGAUGCUAAUUAACCUAUGUGCUACAAUCUAGCUCAGUUAAGAUGCAAAUUAGCCUUUAUGCUGUAAUCUGGUUCAGUUAAGAUGUAAAUUAGCCUUUAUGCUGUAAUCUAGUUCAGUUAAGAUGUAAAUUAGCCUUUGUGCUGUAAUCUGGUUCAGUUAAGAUGUAAAUUAGCCUUUGUGCUACAAUCUAUCGGAACGCUGCCUAUUACCACCAGCCCCUUAUUUCCGCUCUCUUACGUGUAUGUGUCACUUAAUAUUCAUUUCUAUACAAACCAAGCACCCACACCAUUGGUGUAUCUAAAUUAGCUAUGUAACUGCUAGGGCUGUAACGAUAUACGAUUCGAACCCGAAA